UUCUUUCAUGCAGCUGUCUCCAACCUCCAUGUUCAGUCAUCAAGCACCAACAUCACAAUCACCUGGGAUACCCCCUUCUCUCUUAACCUCACCACAGCUGAACCAGACAUACUGUAUUGUGUGGAUGUGUACGAUAGUGCCACUGGUGUUCUACUACACUCUGAGUGUGGUAUUAUUGAGGAACGCUACACCUAUUCCCCUAGCAACCCCUGCUCGAUGUAUGCGUUGUUAGUGACACCUAGGAGUAAUCUUGACGGAGCUCUCAAUGGAAGCAUUGCACGGUCUCAGGGAUUCACAGUGCGGCCAGUAUCAGUGAUACAAGCUAAAGGUCUGAAGGCAGUGUUUGAGUGUUUGUACCCUGGUGCCCUGAGUCACAGUUGGGGGAUCAAUGGAAUGGAGACAGCUGAUGAUGCGUUUCCACCUGAUGUAACUCGUACUCUACCGUCUGGUGAUACUCCAGCAAGACUGGCCAUUCCAUCAACAGACGAGUACAACAACACUGUGGUGCAGUGUAGGGCAGUGCUUGAUGUGGGAGGAGAUGCGCAUUUUGUGCAAAUAAUUAUGUGAUGCUCUGUUGUUAGUACAAGGUAUCCUUGAUAGCUAUAAUUAUAGCUUUACACAAUUUUUUUAUGCACUUUAGGUCCACUGGUUCUAUUACUGGACUGAGACUGGACAUGGUGACCUCUACUUCAGUGACUCUCACCUGGGAUGCUCCCUUCUCUCUAGACCUCACCACAGCUGAGCCAGACAUACAGUAUUGUGUGGAUGUGCACAGUGUCCCUGGAGGACAACUGGUGGAGUCAACAUGUGACAUCAUCGACACUAACUACACUUUCUCUACCAGUGAUCAAGACCAGUUAGUAUUUACAGUGACACCAAGAAGCAAUGUGGAGGGCAGUCUCAAUGGAACCUCCAGUGAACUAGUCGGACCUCCUUCGCAAGCUAACGACACGAUUACUGACAUCUCACCAUCGUCAUCUCUUCCUGAGUCUAUUCAACCACCCUCUAUUUAUACAAUAGCAGUGUCUUCAGGUGUGACUGCUGUGGUAGUUCUACUCCUACUCUUAGUCAUUGCCAUUUUAACAGCUGUUGUCAUAGUGAAACGAAAACAAAGGAACCACAAAGGUGAUGUUGUUGUAUCAGAUGGAAGAGUGGAUUUGUCAUCAACAUUGCCAGGAAUUGAGCAGCCUAACGAAGCUUAUGCUUUAGUGCUCAAUAAGAACAUUGCUUAUGAGCAGACACGGAUACCAAGACACAAUGAACACACCACCACCAUCGUCACCACGGCAAUAGCAAUAGAAAAUAUUGAGCCAAGUCAUGAAUACGAAGAAGUAUUGCUCUAA